UCUCCUUUGCACAUUUUUGGACCUCGCGCGAAAAACAGAAAGCGAAAUCCUAAACAUCGCUCCCGCCAAAAUGGACCCCGGCCUCAGCCCGCCAAAACCCAAACCCUAAUAAGAGGAAACCCAGACCCAGGGAGGAACAGGAAAAGGAGAUCAGAGGAGGGAGGAAACCGAAACCGCCAUGAAAGCUCGAUCCGUGAGGCUCAGGGAGGCGCACAAGGGCAGCGGCUCGGCUUCCCACUGCUCGAUCCUGUGGGACCUCGACGGGCGCCACCUCGUCACCGCUUCCGCCUCCGAUCCUUCCGUCUCGAUCCUCGACGUCUCCCAGCCUUCGAAGCCCGCCAAGGCCCUCCAGCACCACAGGGACGGGGUCACGGCACUCGCCCUCAGCGCUAAUCCCAGCUCCCUUGCCACUGGCUCCAUCGAUCACUCGGUCAAGCUCUACAGCUUUCCAGAUGGAGAGUUCCAGAGCAAUGUCACUAGGUUUACCUUGCCCAUCCGGUCCCUUGCCUUUAACAAAUCAGGAAGUUUGUUGGCUGCUGCUGGAGAUGAUGAUGGCAUCAAGUUGAUUGCUACCCUUGACAGCUCGAUCUCAAAGGUGCUCAAGGGCCACAAAGGGUCGGUCACUGGCCUAGCCUUCGAUCCAACAAAUGAGUUCCUGGCAUCUGUGGAUGCAUUUGGUACUGUCAUAUAUUGGGAGCUCUCAUCAGGAAAUGCAGUACAUACUCUCAAAGCUAUAGCACCUAACUGUGAUGCUGAAACCUUGCCACUAAAUGUAUUGAGCUGGAGUCCUGAUGGAGAAACCUUAGCUGUUCCAGGUCUGAGAAAUGAUGUUGUGAUGUAUGACAGAGAUACAGCUGAGAAAUUGUUUACACUGAAAGGAGAUCAUGAACGGCCUGUCUGCUUUCUUUCUUGGUCUCCAAAUGGGAAGUACAUUGCCACUGCUGGAUUAGACAAGCAGGUCUUGAUCUGGGAUGUGGAUCUUAGGCAGGAUAUUGAAAGGCAGAAGUUUGAUGAUAGGAUAUGUUGCUUGUCUUGGAAGCCAAAUGGGAAUGCUUUAGCUGUAAUUGAUGUUAUGGGUAAAUUUGGCAUCUGGGAGCCUGCUGUUCCUUCGUGCAUGAAGUCCCCUACAGAUGGUGCCCCUAGUUUGCAAGCAAAAAAUGCAAAUGGGCAUUUUUUAUUUGAUGAAGAUGAUGAGAAACCCAGCACUGCUGGAAGUCUCGAUGAUGCAAUUGAAGAGAGCCAUGGUGAGUCAACUCCACUCAGCCGCAAAAGGUUAAGGAAACAGUCAGUAUAUGAUGAUAACUCUAAUGAAGAUAGUGAUGGAGAGGAGGGGUUGAUGCGGCAGAUUGAAUCGCAUAAGAGAAGUUCUCUUAAACACCGGGAGGGUGUCAGAGUUGCCAAAGAGGAGUGUGUGACUUCAUCAAAGUGGGCAAAGUCAAAAAUGCAGGAGGCUUUUCAACCGGGCUCCACUCCUGCACAGAUUGGGAAGCGCCGAUUUCUUGCCUACAACAUGCUUGGAAGUAUAACUACAAUUGAAAAUGAAGGAUAUUCCCACAUUGAGGUUGAUUUUCAUGACACUGGAAGAGGGCCCAGGGUGUCUUCCAUGACUGACUACUUUGGUUUCACAAUGGCUUCAUUGAAUGAAAAUGGGAGUGUUUUUGCAAACCCAUGCAAGGGUGAAAAAAAUAUGAGUACUCUCAUGUAUCGCCCUUUUAGUACUUGGGCUAGUAACAGUGAGUGGUCAAUGCGGCUUGAAGGAGAGGAAGUGAAGGUUGUGGCCCUUGGCACUGGUUGGGUGGCUGCAGUUACAAGUUUUAAUUUUCUUCGCAUCUUCACAGAGGGUGGCUUGCAGAGACAUGUCCUCUGUCUUAAUGGUCCAGUGGUGUCUGCAGUGGGUUUUAACAAUUUACUGGCAGUUGUCACUCAUGCUUCAGACUGUCUUCCCUCAGGAGAUCAGAUGCUAGAAGUUAAAGUAUUUGAUAUAUCUGAGGGAACACAACCAGUUGGAUGUCAUCUUCCCUUGACUCCAUGCUCUUAUUUGACAUGGUUUGGCUUUAGUGAAGAAGGCCAGCUAAGUGCAAAUGAUUCCAAGGGAGUGCUGAGAGUGUUCUCUAACCAAUAUGGUGGCAGUUGGCUUCCGGUCUUCAGUGCAAGCAAAGCAAAAAAGUCUGAAGAUGAAAACUACUGGAUAGUGGGUUUAAAUGCAAGCAAGCUGUUCUGUAUUAUAUGCAAGUCCCCUGAAUCUUUCCCCUUGGUGAUGCCCAAGCCUGUGCUUACACUACUCAACCUUUCAUUGCCUCUUGCAUCUUCUGACCUUGGUGCUGAUGAUCUUGAAAAUGAGUUCAUCAUGACCAACCUGCAUCUCUCACAGAUACAAAAGAAAAUUGAAGAAUUUUCGGCAGCAGGUCUAAAUACUACUGAGCUUGAUGAUGAGGCCUUUAACACAGAAGCUGCCAUUGAUCGGUGCAUCUUGAGACUUAUUGCCAGUUGUUGCAACAGUGAUAAACUUGUCAGAGCUACUGAGCUUGUUAAAUUGUUGUCAUUGGAGAAGUCAGUCAAGGGUGCAAUAAAGCUUGUCACUGCCCUGAAGCUUCCCAUGUUGGCAGAGCGGUUCAACAGUAUACUAGAGGAAAGACUAUUAACUGUAUCCAAAGGGAUAGCUGCAGCGCCAAGUUUAGCCACCAACAGUACCAUCACAAACAACACAUUGCUACUAAGAGCUUCACCAGCACCUGAAAUCACUAAAGUUGUGGAAACUGCGAGUGCAUCAGCUUCACUAACAUUGCCUCAAUCUCACUUUUCAAGGCAAGGGAAAUUUGAGAAGGCUAAUAAUAUGGUGGGAGGGAUUGAACCUUGCAAAGACCCAGAUGAAGAAAAUGCAAAGAUUGUAUUUAAUCAGAUGAAAUCCCAUCAGCCAAUCAAUCCAUUUGCAAAGCAAUCAAAUAACCAGGAGAAAGCUGAAGAAAGAAGGCAAAGAGAUGUGGAAACCUGCAAGGAUGCAAGCAAAGGGAAUCCAAAGGAAGGCAUCGAUCAGGUACUUCCCAAAGUUACAAGUGUAGGGAUUUCAAAUGAUGGGUCCAGUCAAAGACAAUCUCAUAGGCCUGUCAAUCCAUUUGCAAAAGCAUCAAGCAACCAUGAGAAAUCAUCUCUUCUAGAUUCCAUCAAGAAGAUGAAGAAGGCUGAUCAUGAGAAGAAUGAAAAAGUUAAUAACAAAAAAGCCAGGCCUUAAAUAAACUGAAAAUCAUGAGGAAUACUUACCUUUAGCUAGUUUUCAGAAAUAGAAGUAAACAGGUUACCACCUUGACAUAAUUGCUGCAUGACUUUCUGGAACAUUUGACAUGCUAAUGAGUUCAGCAUUGAAGCAUCCGUUAGUUAUAUAUGAAUGAUAAUCUUUGAGCACAUUUUUUUUGUUGUGGUUUUGUACCAUAAAUUGUAAA